UAGGUGGAAUGUCUGACAAUUGGAUAAGUAGUACACCAACACCGACGCCGUCCCCGGUGAGAACUCCGGUUUGUCCGACGCGUUCUUCUCCGCGUGCGAAGUCUGUGAAAUCUCUUGUUGAGCCUCUAUCGCGAGCCGCAAAAAUUAAGUGGACCAGAACAAUGGAUCAGAUAAUGUUCGAUAUCUUGAUUGAGCAAAUAACUUUAGGCCGAAAGGCAGAUAAUGGAUUUAAGAGAGAAGCAUAUCAUGCGGCCGCUGAGGAGGUUUCUAGGAGGACUGAAAUUACUUUAAAUUGGCAAAACGUCCAAAACCGAUUGCGAUAUCACAAGAGAGUGUACAACGAAAUAAAAGAUAUGCUAGCCGCAAGUGGUUUUGGGUGGGACAGUGAGCAAAUGGUUGUCACAGCACCUGACGAAGUUUGGGAAGAGUACCUCAAGUCGCAUCCGAGAGCAGAAAGAUUACGUGGUAAACGAAUAGAACGAAUGGACGAUUUAGCGGUGAUCGUAGGUUCAGACCAUGCAACAGGCCGCUACGCCCAAGGAAGCAGAAACAUGGCCGCGUCUUCAUCUCGUAUUCAACGAGAUCUGAAUGAAGCUUGGACGGACCUGGACGAUGACACCGAUGCGCCUAUCGAUAUUUCUGAGAAAAAUUUGGGGGAUUCGACUAGAAAUUAUCAAUUUUCGAAUGAAAGCCAUCGGGCUUCAGGGAAUCGCUCAUUCCGCACCACUCCCAACCGGGUGAUUGAUUCCGAUAGUAGUCAUGGUGGGAGUAUAACAACAAAAAGGAUGCGAUCUGCUCGUCCCUGUGACGUCCUUGAUUUAUCUUUAGAUGGUGUUGCAGAUGCAAUUGUCAAAUUUGGACUUGGCAAUUCAGUCAACCUCACAAGUAGAGUCCUGGACAUCCUCGAAGAGGUUACGGGGCUGACCAACCAUGAGUUCAUCCAGGUUGGUCAGCUUCUGAGCAAGGAUGAAGAUCUAGCAUCCUUUUUCGUAAGCCUUCGACCAUAA